AGGAAAAAGCAUGUUGGAUUCCUCCGGUCUACACCUACAAAGGCAGUGUGCCCUUCCCCAUAUCUCCGCCAUUCUCCGCCGCUAUGACCGGUUCCUCCGUUUCCUCUCGCAAGGUUCUAAGCAAAAUUGCUACCAACAGACUUCAAAAAGAGCUGACGGAGUGGCAGAUCAAUCCUCCCUCUGGAUUUACACACAAAGUCACCGACAAUCUUCAACGGUGGGUGAUUGAAGUGUAUGGAGCUCAAGGAACUAUCUAUGCUAAUGAAAAAUACCAACUCCAAGUUGAUUUUCCCGAGAAUUAUCCCAUGGAAGCACCUCAGGUGAUAUUUUUGCAUCCUGCUCCUCUUCAUCCUCACAUCUACAGCAAUGGCCAUAUUUGUUUAGAUAUUCUAUAUGAUUCAUGGUCACCAGCCAUGACUGUUGGUUCUAUCUGCAUCAGCAUUCUGUCAAUGCUUUCAAGUUCACCAGCCAAGGAACGCCCUGAAGAUAAUGAUCGCUAUGUGAAGAACUGUAGAAAUGGUAGAUCUCCUAAAGAGACUAGAUGGUGGUUCCAUGAUGAUAAAGUUUAAAAAAAGAAAAUGAAAUUGCUUUUUAUUUAAGCAUUAAAAAAUGGAGAACAAACAAUGUGCAACUCGCAAGUCUCAUAUUUGUAUAAAAAAGAGCAAAUUUUCUUGUUUGUUUGCUCAAAAAAUUGUAAGGAUUUGAAUGAAUUAUGUUUCUUAAACGGUUUAUAUAUCUAACUCUUCAAUACAAC